UCAGUCUUCGAAGGCGUAAGCAUGGCAGCGUUCCGCAGAGACGCAGCGUACUUCAGGAGACGCGGCCUUAUGGAGAGACUGUCAGCCUUUCAGUUUGCGUGCAGAGCUUGUGAUGCUGUAUUCGGGGCUGCGUAUGUUUUGCCCUGUGUACCAAGGCCAUCGUUGUGCGACAGAGGAAACCCUAUGGAAUUCUAUGAAGACGACAUGUUUUUCGCACGAUAUCGUUUCACGAAGGGAACAGUCCGAGAACUACUGGCGUUUCUGCCGAUUGAAGCCAACGACGACUAUAGGGGACUACCGCUGCCACCAGUGCUGCAAUUGUUGGUCACCUUGCGGUUUUACGGUGCUGGUACUUUCCAAAUUGUCGCUGGAGACUUGGUAAACGUGUCGCAGCCUACAGUUUGUCGCAUCGUGAAAAAAGUGACCCGGCUUAUCGCCAGACAUCUGUUCAGAGCGGUUGUUCGUUUCCCAGGAGCCUCCCAAAUGUCCAGCGUGAUGCGGGACUUUUACGAGAUUGCUCACUUUCCCGGAGUGACCGGGUGUAUUGAUUGCACACAUGUGAGAAUCAAAGGCCCCGGUGGUGACGAUGCUGAAGUGUACCGCAACCGCAAGGGUGUGUUUUCUGUGAAUGUUCAGGUUGUGGGGGGCCCACAGCUACAGUUCUUCAACGUUGUUGCAAGCUGGCCAGGGUCUGUACAUGACAGCCGGAUAUUUGACAACUCCCGGGUGCGAGUUCUUUACGAAGAACAUCGGGUGCCAGGAAUUCUUCUCGGAGAUAUGGACUAUGCGUGUUUCCCAUUCCUAAUGACCCCCCUUGCAGACCCAGGUUCAGCAGAUACUCCAGAAGGAAGGUACAACAAGGCCCACAUCAAGACGCGCAACUCAGCGGAGAGGGCUUUUGGUGUUUGGAAACGACGCUUCCCAUGCUUGGACAUGAAACUGCAACACAAGCCAUGCAGUGCUACAAGCAUCAUCACCGCUUGUGCAGCUCUACAUAAUUUGGCACUGUCUCUAAGAGAACCCGAGCCAGUCGAACCACCGGAGCAUCAUCCGUCAACCAGUCGAUGCAGACGCAUGGGACGAAACACCUGUGAAGAACAUUUCCCACCUAUUGAUCGUGUGGCAGUCGAUGUGUCCGGCAUGCGGGCGCGGCAACUUGUUUAG